CCGACGUCUACCGCCACCGAGCUCGUGUGCGCGGCCUGUUGUGACUUGUGAGCGCGUGGCCGUCGUCCGGACCGUACUACCGUUGCUAUUUUUGUGGUAGAAGUGCCAACGCCGAGUGCAGUCGUCCAGUCAGGACGAGAUUUUCGGACGCGUCUAGAUCUGCCUAGCAACACCCGUCAUACACACCACUAGUACACCACCCUCCUCACACAUUUUCGUGAAUUUUCCCGUUCACUUCCGACGUAUUUUCCAUUAGACAUGGCCACCACAUCCUCAGCCUCGUGGACGACGUCUUCGACUAGUCAAAAACACGAAGAAACCACCAUUGAAGAACCUCUGACUUGUGAAUCACCGGAACCGAUGUCCUGUUACUUGCACCACGAUCCUGACCAUUCUAUUUCGUCGUUUUCCGUUAUCAACAAGAUGCGCGUCAACAUCCAACUCUGUGAUGUUUCACUUCGAGUCGGCAACAGCGUAACAAAAGCUCACCGAUUGGUGUUAGCCUCCUGCAGUCCUUAUUUUUACGCAAUGUUCAAUGACGACAUGGCUGAAAAGUUGCAAUCUGAAGUCGAGUUACAUGACGUGGACUUGGGUGCCCUACAACUUCUUAUCGAAUAUACAUACACUGGCCAAGUACACAUAACAGACGAAAAUGUYCAGGUACUGUUGCCCGCGUCGUCAUUGCUCCAGAUAAACUCUGUUCGAGACGCRUGCUGCACGUUCCUGAUGAAACAAUUACACCCGACUAACUGUUUGGGGAUCAGGCAGUUUGMCGAAACGCACUCCUGCAAUGAGUUGAGGACCCGGUCACAUCGMUAUGCAUUACAAAAUUUCGAAGAAGUGGUGAAAACUGAAGAAUUUCUUUUUCUAUCGUUUUCUGAGGUUGAAGAUUUAGUAUCCAACGAUAAAUUGAACGUUGUUUCCGAAGAGCAGGUUUUCGUGGCUGUCAUGGAUUGGAUCAAACACAAUCCUUCUGAACGAUCACAGUACAUAGCUCAGCUUUUGGGCCACGUGCGACUAGCCCAAAUGUCAAAGAUGUUCCUAUUGAACGUAGUCGAGACGGAACCGCUAGUGCGCAGUGAGCCUAGUUGCAAGGACCUAUUGUUAGGUGCCAUGAAGUAUCAUCUGUUGCCAGACCAGAGGUCCGAUUUUGCUAGUAAACAGACUGAACAACGGAGUCCGGAUGGCCUGAUGCCAUACAUAUUUGCCAUUGGAGGUGGUAGCUUGUUCACUAUACACAGCGCCGGUGAGUGUUACAACCCUAGACACGACCGUUGGCUGCCCAUCGCGCCUAUGUCCAAAUGCCGAAGUCGUGCGGGUAUCGUGUCACUGGGAAAAUUGAUCUACGCUAUCGGAGGGUACGAUGGCAUAGUGGAUCUAUCCUCGGCCGAGUGUUACGACCCGAAUUGUAACAGGUGGUCGGCGGUCACGUCACUAGGCACGAAGAGAAGCUGCCUGGGCAUUAGCGCCAACCAUGGGCUGCUGUAUGUGUGCGGUGGUUUUGAUGGCGCGUCCUGCCUGAGCAGCGUGGAACGAUACGACCCACUGACCGGCGUUUGGUCGUCAUGUCCUAGUAUGACCACCCGUCGGCGGUAUUGCCGCGUAUCUGUCGUCGGUAAGACAAAUAUAUUUAGGAUUGCGGUUGACAUUUGUUGCAGGGCUACCCACGACAUGGUUGAACUGGACGGCGGGCUGCUUGUGCUCGGCGGCAACGACAGCAACUCGAGCCUUCACUCGACGGAGCGAUACGAUCCCCGGAUCAAUCGAUGGACAAUGUCUACGCCGAUGCCGACGCGCCGAAGCUCGGUGGGCGCCGCUCUACUGUACUGCUUCAACAUGGACGGCAAGCUGACGACGGCUGCCAACGCCACAAAUGCCGUCGCCGUCAUGAGUGGAGGCGCUGCGAUGGGGGCCGCCAGUUCUGGAACGGCGUCCGUCACAAAUUCACCGUACAAGUCCACUGCCACGUCCGUAUGAUUGCCGUGGUCGACCACCAGUAGCUGGCGGUCGAACAAUGACGAUUCCGAACGUUCUCACUCGUUGCCAAACUAGCGAGUGCGCACGGUGUUCAAAACCUCGCUAAUAAAAUUAGAUCAGAUCUGCCCACUGYGAUUGUCUGUCUGAACAGGGCCACAAAAUUAAUCGAAAGAAGCAAAUCGCAACAGCGCAGUUAUUAUUAUUAUAGUUGAGCGCAUCUGUGUAUAUAAUAUUAUUAAAAUUAAGUAUAUUAUUAUCGUGAAUGACACCUUAAUAUUUCGCAUUUAGCGAGUUCCACUCAUUCUCUCUCUGCUUGCUGCCAAUGUUGUCUACGAUUACGUAUUUAUUCUAUAGAUAUUAAUCGGUAUCGCAGCAUCUUGCGUUAUAUACCUAUUUAUUUUAUAAACAUGAUGACUCGACAUGGAAUUGUGCGGCUUAUCGUUCGUUCGCUUUUGAACAAUAAUAAACAUAAAUACUUGAAUUCAAAACCAUAUUUUUUGACGGACAGUCAAUUUAUCAUUUUAUUUGGGGGACCAAGAACAUGAGCUCUAGUCCAAUGUAAAUUACGUAUGCGAUUUUUAAAUGUUGUACCUAAAUAUACCUACUUAUUGUUGAUUUUUAUUGGUUCCUAAUUAAUUUACCAUAUUUUUUAUUACUAUUAUUUAAGCACAUUUUUAUAGUACCUAUACAUAUACCAGCAGAUUUAACGUGUGUUCUUUUAUAUACUUAGCUCAUCGAUUUGUUUUUUUUUUAGCAUUUUUGUUAAAUACGUUUGUACCUAUUAUUUUAAACUAUUUACUGUGAUGGAUAAUAAUAAUWAUUAAUUUGUAUAUUUUUCGCCUGUAAUAUCAUUUCAAAUUUGAGCUAUAUAUAUUUUGUUUUUAAUAAUAGAAUAAAUCUUGUGAUAAUAG